CCUCUCCGACUCCUGAGAGGCAAAGAUAAGCCGCGCGAACAUGUUUUCGCCCAAAAGGCCGUCCAAGCGCGUCCCAAAGUCGUCCGGGGAGCAGAUCCGCAUGGUGGACUGCCGCUGCGCGCCGGACUGCGCCUGCGGCCCCUCGGAGUGCCCCGGCGGGGGGCACUGCGCGCGAGAUCUACAGGAGAAUGGCCUUCGCAUCGAGAAACAAGGCCUCGACAACUUGGCCUACGAGUACGGGAGUCCCAGCGAGCGCCGUCCCCCGCCCGAAGCGGCCUCCGGGGCCACAUUUAAACUCCUGGGACUGGCCCCCGGGGGCCACCGGGCCCGGGCCGUCGAGAGCAGCGUGUGCCGCCUCCACGGCGUCCUCGCCGCCAGCUUGUCUUCGGCCAGCGGCUUGGCCCAAGUGGACUACGACGCCUCGGCCGUCAGCGCCACGCAGAUCGCCCUGGAGCUCCAGAGGCUGGGACUCGACGUGGAGUCGGCGGUGCGCGUCGGCGUGGACGGGAUGCGCUGCCGGUCCUGCGCGCAGGCCAUCGAGGGGCGGGUCGGCGCCCGGCCCGGGGUGUCGCGCGUCCAGGUGUCCCUGCGGGACGCCGCGGCGCUCAUCGUGUAUCGGCCCCUCGUCGUGACCCAGCAGGAGCUGAGGGACGCCAUCGAGGAAAUGGGCUUCGGCGCCUCCGUGGCAGCCGGCGAUCCGGCCGCGCGCGGCGGCGCCUUCUGGCAGGGGGACGCGCCGCUCUCCACCGCGACCAUCUGGAUUGUGGGGAUGACUUGCGACUCGUGCGUGCGGUCCAUCGAAGGGAGGAUCUCUCAGGUGACUGGCGUGCGCUCCCUGGCGGUGUCACUGAAGGAGGGAAAGGGGACGGUAACCUUCGACCCCAGCCUGACGGAGCCGGAGCUGCUCAGGGCGGCAGUGGAAGACAUGGGCUUUGAGGCGUCGCUCCAAGAACCUACAUCUGCAAAGAUCAUCCAGCCCCAUCCAAAGUCCGACCUCUCCGACUUGCAACCGCCCGUCGAGGCGGCAGUCGACAGUGGCGCCGGACCGCCGGCGGCGCCUGAACGCCGGACCAAAGCGCAAAAAUGCUUCAUCCGCGUGACGGGGAUGACCUGCGCCUCCUGUGUGGCCAACAUUGAGGGGAACCUGCACAAACACGAGGGGAUCCUCUCGGCGUUGGUGUCCCUCAUGGCCGGAAAGGCGGAGGUGAAGUACGACGCGGACGUCCUGGACGCCGCGGCCGUGACUCGGCUCAUAGGAGACCUGGGCUUCGGAGCCCAGCUGAUGGAGGACAAAGCAGGGACGGACGGGAAGCUGGACCUCACGAUAACCGGCAUGACGUGUGCAUCGUGUGUGCACAACAUUGAGUCCACGCUCACCUCCACCAAAGGGAUCACCGUGGCCUCCGUCGCCCUGGCAACCAAGAAAGCCCACGUCCAGUUUGAUCCGGAAGUGCUGGGAGCUCGAGAUAUCACCAAGAUCAUCCAGAGUCUCGGAUUCGAGGCCAAUCUGGUGAAGGCGAGCUUCAGAAACAACCUGGAUCACACCCAGGAAAUACGACAGUGGAAGAACUCCUUCCUUCUCAGCCUGGUUUUCGGCGUGCCCGUCAUGGGCCUCAUGAUCUACAUGAUGGUGAUGGACAGCCAGCACCAGGAACACGGAGGCUCAAUGCCCGAGGAGCAGAACCUGCUGCCCGGCCUCUCCCUCCUCAACCUGGCCUUCUUCCUGCUCUGCACACCUGUGCAGAUCUUUGGAGGCCGAUACUUCUACAUCCAGGCGUACCGCUCGCUGAAACACCGCACCGCCAACAUGGACGUGCUCAUCGUGUUGGCCACCUCCGUCGCCUACGCCUACUCCUGCGUGGUCCUGGUCGUGGCCAUGGCCGAGCGGGCCAGCCAGAGCCCCGUCACCUUUUUCGACACUCCGCCCAUGCUGUUUGUGUUCAUCGCGCUGGGCCGAUGGCUGGAGCACGUCGCUAAAAGUAAAACCUCAGAGGCGUUGGCCAAGUUGAUGUCGCUUCAAGCUACCGAUGCCACAGUGGUCACUUUGGGACGAGACCACUCCGUCAUCAGCGAGGAGCAGGUGGUGGUGGAGCUGGUGCAGCGGGGCGACGUCAUCAAAGUCGCUCCGGGAGGAAAGUUCCCCGUCGACGGGAGGGUGAUUGAGGGAAACUCCAUGGCAGACGAGUCCCUGAUCACAGGGGAGCCGAUGCCUGUCGGUAAGAAGGUGGGCAGUCUGGUGAUUGCCGGCUCCAUCAACGCUCACGGUGCUCUCCUGGUGGAGGCCACCCACGUGGGUUCCGACACGACUCUGUCCCAAAUCGUGAAGCUGGUGGAAGAGGCCCAGACCUCAAAGGCCCCCAUCCAGCAGUUUGCAGACAGGCUCAGCGGCUACUUCGUGCCCUUCAUAGUUGUCGUCUCGCUGCUGACGCUGGUGGCGUGGCUGGCGAUCGGGUUUGUCAACUUUGACAUUGUGAAGGAGAACUUCCCGGGCUACAACCAGAACAUCUCCAAGGCGGAGGUCAUCGUCCGCUUUGCCUUCCAGGCCUCCAUCACCGUCCUGUCCAUCGCCUGCCCCUGCUCUCUGGGGUUGGCGACCCCGACGGCUGUCAUGGUGGGCACGGGGGUCGGAGCUCAGAACGGGAUCCUUAUUAAAGGAGGCGAGCCGCUGGAGAUGGCCCACAAGAUCGACGUGGUGAUGUUCGACAAAACCGGCACCAUCACACACGGCGUCCCCCGGGUGACCCGCGUGCUGGUGCUGUGGGAGGUGGCCCGCAUGCCCCUGAGGAGGAUCCUGGCGUUGGUCGGCACGGCGGAGGCCAGCAGCGAGCACCCGCUGGGCGCCGCCGUGGCCAGGCACUGCAAACAGGAGCUGGCCAGUGAGCUGCUGGGCUACUGCCAGGACUUCCAGGCCGUGCCCGGUUGUGGGAUCGGCUGCCGGGUUUCGAACGUAGAACAUCUGCUGCUGGACCCGAGCGAAGAGCGCUUCCUCCUGCCGGGCGCCACCGCCGACGAGAGCAGCCUGCCGGCCGCGGCCGAGCCCCCGCCCGCAGGCGAGCCCCAGUCCUUCUCCGUCCUCAUUGGGAACCGGGAGUGGAUGAGGAGGAACGGCCACCACAUCGGAGCGGACGUCGACGCCGCCAUGUCCAGCCACGAGUCAAAGGGACAGACCGCCAUACUGGUAGCGAUCGAUGGUGUGCUGUGUGCCAUGUUCGCCGUCGCGGACACGGUGAAGGCGGAGUCGGCGUUGGCGGUGCACACGCUCCGAAGCAUGGGCAUCGAGGUGGCGAUGAUAACCGGAGACAACAGGCGCACCGCGAAGGCCAUCGCCGCACAGGUGGGCAUCGCCAAGGUGUACGCGGAGGUGCUGCCCUCGCACAAGGUGGCGAAGGUGCAGGAGCUGCAGGAGCGAGGCCGGCGAGUGGCCAUGGUGGGGGACGGCGUCAACGACUCGCCCGCCCUCGCCCGCGCCGACCUCGGCAUCGCCAUCGGCACGGGCACCGACGUGGCCAUCGAGGCGGCCGACAUCGUCCUCAUCCGAAACAACCUGCUGGACGUGGUGGCCAGCAUCGAGCUGUCCAAGAAGACGGUGCGGAGGAUCAGGACCAACUUCGUCUUCGCCCUCGUCUACAACCUGGUGGGGAUCCCCUUCGCCGCAGGUGUGUUCAUGCCGGCCGGCGUGGUGCUGCAGCCCUGGAUGGGCUCCGCUGCGAUGGCCGCCUCGUCCGUCUCGGUGGUCCUGUCGUCUUUGAUGCUGAAGAUGUACAAAAAAACCUCGGCGGAGCAGUACGAGGCGCGGGCGCUGGGCCUCGCGAGGAGCCUCCGCUCGUCGCUGAUCAGCACACACGUGGGUCCGGGCGGCCCCGCCCUCCCCGCCGGGACGCGGGAGCCGGCGGGCCGGAGCGCCGCCGAGCCGGACGUCCGGGUGCCGGCCGCCAACGGCGUCCGGGGGCGGGACGACCUGGACGUGUUGUAAAGGGAAAAGUGUCUGUGUCACUGAAACCGAAUCUGUCUUUCCAGCUGAGGGGGAAAUAGUUCUUGAAAGAUUCAUAUGUAGAACGCGGGAUGUUAUUUAUAGAAGUGAAGAAGUGGAGGCCGGACUUUCUGGACUUUUCUUACCAAUGUAUUUUGAGCCGGGCCAGAGGUAAUUAAUGGAUUGUAUUAAUCAAAUGAUUAGUGGACCAGAAGCAUUAGUUUCACAAAAGAUGUAUAGCUUUUAGGGUUCUAAAUAUGACCUUUUUCACACGUGGAAGCAGAUGUAAUUCAUCUUUAUAGAUCCGGUGACGCCUGUAGCCCAUGUGAGCUUUGUCUCUGGGUGGAAUCGGUCUUCUCGUUCCUUCUAGUUCUACCGGCGCUGCACGUAUGUUGCUGCUCAGCUUCUGUUUGGUUCUGUGGUGCGACGCGGAGCGGCAGAUUGAAUGUCUGCUCUCUCUCCGUCUGUGGUGUUUUUUUCUGUUUUCGAGCUGUUCUUUUGUGUUUCAGAGGGAGAUGUGAGCUUGUGGAUGGGAUCAUUGAAGAGAUAAUGUCUUUUUGAUUGAAGAUGCCACAGCAAAUCCAGCCUUAAAUUUAGCUCACUGAGAAUCUAUUGGUCUGUUUCUUCUUUUUUUUAUUUGAUUCAUGAAUGUGGAUUUACCUCAACAACUUGUGUUAUUCUAUAGGGACAGAUUUUACUGAUGAUUUGCAUUGUGUAAAUCACAAUUUGAGCUUAAUAGGUUGUCAAAAUGUAUUUUACAGCAGUGUUAUAUAGGGGCGCAGCACGCUGGGGAGUCCUCUGCUGGCUCAGCUAUGCAUCUGUAAUUUUGGUGCCUUACAAAAAUAACCCCAGACGAGUCCGACAAUCAGACGCAUAGAAACAAAACCCUGACAGAUGGCGUGAAGGUGUAAGCUGCAUUUAUUUAUUUA